UAAACAAGUUUUUCACUGCCAUUCAUGAUCAUGGCGUCCCUUGGACUGAGUGCCGAGCUAAAGAAGAGACGAUACAUCAACAACAAGCCCGUGUUCCUAUUGUAACUCAUAAAAGACGCUCAGAAGUUGACCGCUAAACAUAUUUAGGCAUAAGUCAUGACAGACAAUGAAAAGUUUCUUCAAGUCAAUAAUCCCAUCCUUGACUGCAAUGCAAAUGUUCACAAACCUUGCCAAGUUCCCACAAUAGAGACUGGUGUAAAACCCAUCAUGAAUGAGAAUGCAUCUGAGAGUAACAUCUCUUCAAUGGAUGGAAAUAAUGGAGAUGGGGAUCACCAGUCUGCCCAGAACUGGCUGACAGAAUUGGCUAUCAUUGCUACUAGUCCACAGAGUCCUCUUAUGGAAUCAAGAAGAAAGAGUUCUUCAGGAAAGCAGAGACAGCGGCAUCACUCAGAGGGAAGUGUUCUCCAUAAACCUACCAGGCUAUCAGCUGCAGUCAACUCUCUAAAUCGUGCCAUUCAUACCUAUGCCAAACCUCCUCGUAAUACUCCACCACCAUCUCUCAUCUCAUCAUCAUCAUCUCAUAUCAGUGAUCACUAUGACGAUGAAGAUGACUUCAUAGAUCCUGUUGGUACAUGGGCUCCUGAAAGUGAUGCAAGGAUCACCUCUUCUUCUCCUUUCCCAGCCUCUCCAAAAGGUUCGGAAUCAGUAGGGGGUACAUGGUCACACCCCUGGCCAACAGCUGUCUGGAAGUGCUUUCUGAAAGGUAACAAGAUACGAUUCAAAUCAGGCCCUCGCACAGAAUGGCGACUUGCUGAAGAGAUUGGAAGCAAUGAGUAUUUAGCCACACAAGCUACUAUCAACCAGGAUGAAUCCAGUAGAGGACAGUCUCCUAUUUCUGGGUAUGCACCUCUAGGAUUACGUUUGGUAAAGAUUGAGGAUCUGAAGCCUUGUGAUCCGAGACUACCUGAUGUACAUGCUGAAGACUACGAUCAAAUGAAAUUGACCUUUGAUCCCGAUGUCAAUGGUCAGUCGUGUCUUGAAACUAUCUGCUCCACGGACCAUCCUUUCUUUGUGCGCCAUAAAGGUUGGUCAUCCUACAUACCUUGCCAAACAGUAGUAAGAUAUGGUAUUCCAUGCUCUGAGCUGGAGAGUGGUGAUGUGUGCUUGCCCCCUUCUCAUCCAGAUGCAACCAGCUAUAAGGAAUCUGAUGUUCUAGAAAGCUUCAAAAGCUAUGACCUGACCCCUCUGGACUCCUCUGCAGUUCUUGCCCUAAGCAGCAUGGCUAGACAUCGUAAAGAUCUUGAGAACAGUCCAAUAAGACAGAUGCCAUUAUCUGCAGUCUCUUCCUCAUGUCAUCUGUCUCCUGGUGGUAGCGCUAGUGCUCCAUCAUCACCAUCCAAGGGGAUGAAGAAACUUCACUUAGUGGACCAGAAAGGAAAGAGACCCAUGAAUGCUUUUAUGCUCUUUGCCAAGAAAUUCAGGUUGGAAUACACCCAGUUGCAUCCUGACAAAGAUAACAGAGCAAUCAGUGUCAUCCUUGGUAACAAGUGGAAGAAGAUGAGACUCGAGGAGAGAAAGGUAUUCUCUCAAGAGGCAAAACAUCUUGCUGAUGAACAUAAAAAGAUUCAUCCUGACUGCUGGAAAAGAAAAAGAGCUCACUCUACAAGCUCUGUGCAUUCUUGACAUAGCUCCUAUGUUAAAACCAGCCAUUGGUGCCUAUUACAGCAGCUGACUUGUAAACUAUUGCAGCAGUUUCUCAGGAUUAUCACCUUAACAAUGGAGUCAAACUCAUAGAAAUAUUUAUUGAUGGACAUUCUUAUCCUGUGAAUAUCCAAAGCUGAGACCUCUACUAUAUGAACAUUGAAAACUAUAUUAUAUAUAGACUAUUCAAGGGAGAUAGAGUGGCCUUUAUAAUAACAUGUGGAGCACUGUUAAAAUGUGUGCUUUUUAAUGAUUAAAAUGAUAAUCUGAUUAGAGUUCUAUUUUAUGAUCUUCAGUUUUAGAUUUGAGCAAUAUAGAAAUCGGAUAUUACCUACUGACAAAGUUUAUAUCCUGAAAUUUUCAGUCCAUUCCAAGCUUGAGAAGGUGAGUUAUAUAAACAAUACAAAAAUACACAGAUUCUAUAUUGAUGGGGCACGUGAUUAAAUCACAAUGCAGCAGUUAUGGGGCACAUGUGUUAUACAG